AUGAACCUGCCACCCUGGGUAACCAUCGCCUGCGACUUCAUUUUCAACCUGAACGGUAAAACAACUCCCCACACCUUCGCCCUAUCUGUAUUAUCAUUAAGUUUCUUCCCUUCAGGAUUGAUCAACGUCAUCCUCCUCGUCACCACGAAGCGGCUCCUGCCAGACACCAACGUCCUGCCCACCUUCAGCACCCCACGCAAAGCGCUGGACCUGUCAUCCCCCGAGGCGGUCGGCAUCACGCCCUUCACGCUGACAUCCCAGCAGACGCCGCAGAUGGCUGAGCGACGGAUCGUGCCUUUGGUGCGCAGUGAUAGCAACAGUAGUUUCUCGAGCGUGGACUCGGAGACGCCUUUGGUGCAGUCUCAGAGCACGCGCCGCGAGUAUUCAAUAAGGCAGUCAUGA